AUGACUACACGCAAGGAUGUCUUGGUGGCUAAAGUGCAACAAUUACAAAAAGACCUCAAAGAAGCCGCUGUGUUGAAUACAAAACUCCUCCAAGAGCAGGAAGAGAGUGAACAGGAAUUUGAGCGUGUUGUUCGAACAAAUACAACUCUCAAAAGUCAGCUUGCAAAUCAGGAUAUUGAAUUUGAGGACAUGCAAGGGCAGCGGGAUGAACUUCAGGCUGCUGUUGACCGGUUCCAGCAAUGCCAGGAGAUACACGAGCAGGCAUUGCAACGCAUUCAGGACCUGGAACAACAGCUGGAGGAGUCAGAGUCAAAAAAUAUUUGCAAGUAUUGCUCCGGCCAGUCCGGACCGCCUAACAAUAAUUUAAGUAUUUUUGCUGAAUUUAAUAGUUUUGAACUAGAUUUAGAUAAUGAAAACACAGAACCGGGCAGCGGCUACCCUCUGCGCAUGGACUCGCCGCGGCCUCCAACGCGCCCCGUGGCACCGGAGUCGCCCGCGCUGCGCGCCGUCCUGGCCGCACCGUGCUCGCCAGCGCUGCGCGCCCUCUUCGCCUCGCGCGCUUCCCUCGCACCCGAGCUGCGCCGCAGUCCCGAGCCUGCCCCCAGCCCCGUGGACACGACGCCACUGCAGCCAUCAUCACCGCCGAGCCUUAUUGAGCGGGCGUGCCUUGUCGAGCUGGCUCCGUCGCCGCCGAGCCUUGUCAAGCUGGCUUUGUCGCUGCUGACCUAUGUCGAGCUAGCUCCGACGCCGCUGCCCUUCGUGGAGCCGGCGGCCUCGCCGCCGAGCCUCGUGGUGCCGGCGGCCCCGCCGCCGAGCCUCGUGGUGCCGGCGGCCCCGCCGCCGAGCCUCGUGGAGCCGGCGGCCCCGCCGCCGAGCCUCGUGCCGGCGGCCCCGCCGCCGAGCCUCGUGGAGCCGGCGGCCCCGCCGCCGAGCCUCGUGGAGCCGGCGGCCCCGCCGCCGAGCCUCGUGGAGCCGUGCCCCCCGGCAGGCCGCGCGCCCGCGCCGUCCGCCCCGGCUCGGGCGCCGCCCUCGCGCCGCGCCCCGAGCCCGCGCGGCGGCCCCCGCCGCACCAUCCUAUACUCUGACGAGGUGGGCUCCGGCCUUGGCGCGCUGCUGGCGGAGCGCUUGUCGCAGGGCGUCCUCAACAACUGUCACCCGGGGACCUCCGCCGAUCGACUGAUAGAAUGUAUUUCUACAGGAUAA